AUGUCCCGCCGUCCACCCCCCGCGGGCGCCGACCGCAGUGAGCAGAACCGCGCCACGCUCAAACAGCUCGUCAAACUCGAGUCCAACAAGUCCUGCGCCGACUGUAAACGCAACAAGCACCCACGAUGGGCCAGCUGGAACAUUGGUGUCUUCAUCUGCAUUCGCUGCUCUGGCAUCCACCGCGGCAUGGGCACGCACAUAUCCCGUGUCAAAUCCGUUGACCUCGACUCCUGGACCGACGAGCAAAUGCAGUCGAUGCUGCGGUGGGGCAACGCACGGGCGAACAGAUAUUGGGAGAGUAAGCUGGCGGAGGGGCAUGUGCCGAACGAGAGCAAGAUUGAGAAUUUCAUUAGGACAAAGUACGAUUCGAAGAGGUGGGCGAUGGAUGGUCCGGUACCGGACCCGAGUACGCUGGAUGUGCCUGGAGAGGGCGGGGAUGAUGACGUGCCACUGAAUGUGGUGAGGGAGAAGGUCGUAGGGGAUCGGGAGAGGAGUACGAGUGGGAAUGCAAGGAAUGGAAGUGGGGUGUUGCCGCCGCCUGGUGGAGGACAGAGGUCAGCUCCUCCGGCGCGGCCGUCCAGUACUGGAGCCAGCACGCCAGGAGUGCCAGGACGAGCGGACCUGAAGUCAUCAAUUCUCUCGCUGUACGCAUCCAAACCGGCAGCCGCACCUCAACCACAGCCCCAGCAGCAACAGUCCCAGCAGCAACAAUCACAGCAGUCGAAUGCCAGUUUCUUCGGCGGCAUGCAAUCUCCACCUUUGACCUCGCCAACUCAACAACCAUCUUCCUCUUUCGGAGGCAUGAAUGAUGCCUUUGGCUCCCUCUCUUUCUCCUCGCCACAGCAAUCCCAAGCAAAGCCAACGCCUUUCUCGAACUUCUCGCCACCUCAGGGACACGCCAGACAGCCAUCCGCCAGCAAGUCCGCACUCAGUGGUGGCUCCUUCUUCGACACCAAACCCGCUGCACCAGCAAAACCCACACAGCCUACACAUCAACCUCGCGAAGAAAGCUUUGGUGGUGACUUUGGCGACUUCUCUUCCGCUGUCUCACCACCGCCGACCACAACAGUCCGGAGUCCGCCAGCAGCGACCAGCAACAUGAACAACCUCUUCGACCUACAGUCAUCUCCUCCCCCGCCACCAAAGCCUGCCGUACAGUCCCCUCCGCCAAUCCAGCCACAACAGCAACAGCCGAAACAACCCAACUUCUCUGCCUUCAACCUCUCUCAGCCUUCGGCUCCAGCCAAGCAGCCUUCACCUCCCCAGACCCAGACAUCCACCUUCGGAAGUCUCAGCAACAUGGACGCCUGGGGCUCAAACGACGCUUGGGCGACUCCUGAACCCGCGCAGCAACCUCAGCCUGCACCCUUCCAGUCGAGCUCGAGCAGCUUCAACAAGCCGGCGGCACCGGCGGCUCCGAUGCAGACAGAGUUCGACAGCGGAUGGGGCGACAUGACAUCGCCGGCACCGCCUGCUGCGAAUACGACAACCAGUGCUGGAGGCUUCAGCGUGCAGCAGGACGAGGAGUUUGGCGGGUGGAGCCAUGCCAGUCCCGUAGCGCAGACGCCAGGAGCGAAGCAGGGAGGUGGGUUCGGAGGUGGAUCGGAUGAUCUGUUUGGGAAUGUUUGGGAGUAG